AAUUUAUGAUGAUGGAACUGGACCUGACCCUUUCAUUAUUAUUAGUGAUGAUUAUGAUGAUGAAAAUGACCAUCCAAAUUCCAAUGAUGGUACUUCAGAAGAUGAUGGUAUUGAAACUAAUUUAUAUGAAACAAGAAAAUAUAUUAAAGAAUCCAAAAGGGAAAUUAUUAGAUCAAAAGCUUUAGAAGCAAAUGAAGAAAUGAAAAAAUCACCCAUUAAAUUAUCAUUUUGGGAAAAAUAUGCUCCCCCAAUUUUGAAAAAGAGCACUUUGAACAAAAAAGUUUCUUUUGGAAAAGUUAAAUCAGUUGAAUAUUGUUCAAAAAAGGACAAAUUUGUUCAAGAUUUAAAUAAUUAUUAUUUCAUACCCCAAGUGGUAUCAAAUAAAAAUGAAAAUACCAUCAUUGAAAAAAACAAGCUCUUUAGAUCAAAAAUUUUUGGAAUGCAUAAAAUAAUAUUAUUUGAAUCAAACUAUUCUGAUUUACCACCAAAAUAUUCAAAGUUUGUUGAUUUUCCUCCGGAGUACUCAACUGCUACAUCAGAAGAUGACUUGGUCAUUGACGAAGAUGAGAUAACAAAAUAUUUUGUUUGUGAUAUUAUUUCAAAUAAACUUUAUGAUGAAUGUAAGGAAUGGAAUAGAUUUGAUAAAGAUGAAAUUAUUAAAACUUUAAAUAAAAAUCCUCAAUUGAUGAAAUUAGAUUGGUUUAAAGGUAUCGAAGGACUUGCAUCAACAAACUUGCAAAGUCCAAUAAGACAGAGUAUCGAAGAAUCUGGACCACAAAUAAGAGAUGAAACCAACAAAUCACCUUUGGACCAAAGACAAGGUAAAAUCAAAAAGUUUAUCAAAAAAUGUGGUUUAUUUAAAUUUAAAUUGGGGCAAAAGAAAUCUAUCACUAGCGAAGUUGAAGCUAUAAAGGGGGAAAAAGAAGAAGAUUCAACCAGAGACUUAAAUGAUUUAUAUUCAUGGCCAGAUCCAAGAUCAAGAAAAUUUGGAAACGGAAGAAGUUUAAUGGAAAAUUUCAAAAACAAAGAAGAAAAUCUUGAAAUUAAUUCAAAUGAUAUGAAAAUGCCAAAGACUGAAGAAGAAGAAGAAGAAGAUGACGAUGAAGAAUCUGAAUUUUGUUUUUAA